AUGCAGUCCUAUGGCAACCAGUUCAAUGUCCGGGUUUCAGACGCGCUCCUUAACAUGACGUCACACCAGCCCUACAGCGUCGGCUUCUCCUCCUCAGCUCUUCCGGAACUGAUGGCUUCUCUCCAGCUUGAACGCUGUAAUCUGAACAAGGAUAUAUGUGAAAUUCUGUCCUCAGCUCUCAGAUCAAAUACUUCAGACUUGAUAGAGUUAGACCUGAGUAAUAAUAACCUGGAAGACUCAGGUGGGAACCUUCUCUCUGCUGGACUGAAGGAUCAAAAUUGCAAACUGGAGAAACUGAGGUUGGAAAGAUGCAAUCUCACAAAGGGGUGUUGUGAGGCUCUGGCCUUGGCUCUCAGUAUAAACUCUUCACACCUGAAAGAGCUGGAUUUGAGUAACAACAAUUUAGAGGAUUCAGGAAUGAAAAUGCUCUGUGAUGCACUGGCGAAUCCCUACUGUAAACUUGAAAAACUGAGCCUUGAAAACUGUAAUUUUACAAAGGACAUCUGUAGUGAUCUGGCUUCCGCUUUGCAUUUGGGUCACUCAAAGAUGAGAGAGAUGGAAUUGAGAGACAAUUGCCUAGAGGAUUCAGGAGUGAACCUGCUCUGCACUGGAAUAAGUAAAAUAGAAAGAUUGGGGCUAUCAUUCUGUGGAGUCACAGAGAGAGGCUGUGAAGCUCUAGCCUCAGUGCUCCGCUCAAAUUCCUCAAAACUUAGAGAGCUGAACCUGAGCUACAAUCACCCAGGAGAUUCAGGAUUGAAACUGCUUUCUGCACUUUUGGAAGAUCCUAACUGUGAACUGAAGAAAUUACACAUAGACCAUGUUGGAAAACACAGGCUGAGACCAAAACCUCAGAAAUAUGCCUGUCAGCUUACACUGGAUCCCAACACAGCACACAGGCAGCUCAUCUUGUCUGAGGGGAACAGAAAAGUGGAAUGGGUGAAAAAGAAACAGCUAUAUCCUGAUCACACGGAAAGAUUUGACCACUGGACUCAAGUGCUGUGCAGAGAGGAUCUAUCUGGCACUCGCUGCUACUGGGAGGCUGAAUGGAGUGGGGAUCGGGCUGUAAUUGCAGUCACUUACAAAGGAAUUGAUAGAAAAGGAGAAAGUGAUAAUUGUUACCUUGGACACAAUGAUAAAUCCUGGAGCUUGGAGUGCUCUGAUGUAAGUUAUUCUGCCCGACAUGGGACAACUAAGAUUGCCAUACCUGUUCCCUCCUCCCACAGAGUAGGAGUCUAUCUUGACUGGCCAGCCGGUUCUCUGUCAUUUUUCAGUGUUUCCACUGAUACAGUAACUCUCCUGCACACAUUCAACACCACAUUUAGUGAGCCUCUCUAUUCAGGAUUUUGGGUUUAUACCCAUGGAUCUUCUGUAUCCCUGUGCGAGCUGGAAUAGAUGCUGAGUCCUGAAAAGAUCACUAUGUUUUUGCUAAAUCAAAUCACUGUUAUUAGCAUUACAAUAAGCUCAGAAUUACUGAUGAAUUUAGAUGACAGACAAAUUGUCAAAGUAGUAGUAGAACAAAAUCUAUAUAGAAAACCUCUUUAAAAUAUUUGCAAUCAAGAAAUUUGUUUUCAUAGGAUGUCAGAUGUAGAAAUAUGUCUAGAAAUGUUUAUUUUCAGAUCUUUUUCAGUUUUAACUACCAAUGUUUAACUGGGAUGGUUGUGUUUGCUAUUUGCUAUUUGGAAAUUGGGAUAUAUUCAUUAUAAUGGAUUAAGACAUUUAUAUAAAUAAUUCUGAAAAUUAAAUGCUGAAGAUGUAAUUCCUACUACUAUUGCAAAAGACUAACAUAUUGUACUUUUACUUUGGUGCCUUUUAGAUUAAAUUUUAAAUUUUAAAUUUUAAGAUGUGUAAUCUAAGAUUUGUAAUAUAUUGUAUUACUACUAUAGAACCAGUCAUAACUUUCACUAUAAGUAGUUUUAAGAGCUCAGUUAUUUUACUGUCCUUUUACAUUAAUGACUGUUCUACUACACCAUUAUGAAAGCCUAUAUUUAAAGUAGUUCAAGUAGGUACCUGCAUCAGUAUGCGUAGGCUGCCACGGUGUCAUGGACAGCACCUCAUUCACUGACGCAGACUGCAUUUCUAGGUUUUUGAAUAAUCUGUUGCAGGACUGCACUACUCUGUGAUACUGCCAGUAACACAGUGAAACCCUAAACCAACUGCAUUUCAUUUUCAUAUCAUAACAAUAUUAAAUGUUUAUUAUUACCUCAAAGCAAUAUCCAUUUAAAUUCUAACUUUUACAUUUAAAGGGAAUGUAUUUCAAUAUGAACUGUUGCUUGAAAUCACAUGUUGAACACAAAAUUCUUCUAAAAGAAUGGAAAUAAAAAAUCUAAUUAAAUAAAUUAAUUUAGUACAUGCCUUUUUGUUUGUGAGGUGUAUUAUGGUAGGAGCUAUAAAAAAGGAGAAACACAAUGGGUGAAGAUUGAAAUGUUUGGUGGCUACAGUCAUUCUUUUUUAAGUUACAUACCUGCUUAAUAGUCAAAACCACAUUCAGAGUCAGGGUCAAAUUUGAACUCUGGGAAAAACAGCUACCUGGACUGUAAUUUGGUCUUUUGUUGUAACAAUGUCUGCUGCCUUAUAAAUAAAUUGGGACUUAUAAUCUUUUUGAUAAGUGGAUUUGUUUAAGUUGGCACCUGCUAUUUGCUAUUUGAAUAGCAAACUUUAUUGCUGUAACUCACCUUCUAACAAUUCAUCAUGGAAUAUCUUUUCCAAAUAACAAUUACAGCAGAAAAAGGAUAUGCAAGCUAAAUGCCAUGAAAAUUGUUCUAGUUUCUAACUGUUUUGGUUUCUGCUCAAACUGCAAGUAAUUACAGGGAUUCUAUAUUAAAGUAAACAAAGAAGAAUGUAUAAGAUUUUACAUAAACCCAUACAAAACAAACAAAACAAAACAAAGUAUUCCCCCUGAUAACACUUUUUCUUCCCUUUGGUGAUGUUUUCAAGUAGAAGUCAGGAUUAUGUUCAGACAAACACAAUCCAUGAUUUCUAUAAUACCAGCAAAAGUGAAAAAAAUAUUGCCUAUCCAAAUGAGUUGGACAAUGCAGAACACUUCCUGCCAUGACGAAAAAGUUGCAAUCAAAUGUUCAGGCCAAAUUAAAAAUGAUCAUUGCAUAAAUGCAGAGUCCCUUUUUCAUUCAGAGUUCACAAUACACCU